AUGGCAACUUCAUCUUCACUAUCAUGCAUUUCAAUCGUUGAUUAUAGACGUCCAUUUAACAUUGGUGCAAGUUCUAUUACCGAGUAUUUUUGCUCUGUGUUAGCCUCUGAUGGACGUUCAAAUCGCGAGGCGCUACGAAAUGGAAAUCUGUUAUUCAGGAAUCAUUUUGUUCAUUCCAUUACUAUUAGUCGGCGAUAUAUCGAAAUAACCAUCACAGCAAAAUGCCGCGCUCAAAUGAAAAAAGCAGUUAUUUACGAAGUGAAAUUAUUGAUAAAUAGCAAUCGUCCAGCAGAUAUUAUAAGUGCAUGUUGUGAAUGUGUAGCCAGUCAAGGACCUAAAGCAGCUUGCAAGCAUAUCGCCGCCUUAUGCUUCAUAUUAUUAGAUUUUGAUGAUAAAAAACUUUAUGAUGCAUGUACUCAAAGACUUCAAGAAUGGCAUAAACCUACGCGUCGCUCGAUGAAUCCAGUCGCUUUAUUAGAUAUUGAUUUUGGCUGCCUAAAACAUAAUGCACAGUGGGCAACCAGGCGGACAUGA